AUCCCGCGGACGAGUGUAUACAGCCUCUCAAGUUGAGCCCAGACGCACACACACACAUAACACGCACAGCAAGAGGAUAGUCGGAGGAUAGACAGAGGGAGGAAGGAAAAGAGGGAGAGCGGACGGAGCUGCUGCCGGGCGAGCGGAAUUUGGAUUUUAUUUAAUAUAUGAGCCUUCACUAACAGAGUUUUCUUGUUUCAAAACCGCCUAUGAAGUGGACUUUUUAAUUCGCUGGGGGAGUUCUUGGUCCACGCUGCUGUUUUGUUUUUUUUUUAACUUUGGAAGAAAGAAAAGUGUGAGAAAGGAGAGACACUGGUUUCCUCAGCUGUAGCCGUCCCGUUUGGAUAAAUAAAGCAGAGGAGCGCACCGGUGGAGAAAGCUCACCAAGGGGGAAAAGGGAUAAUUCCUCAGUUCUGGCUUGAAGGAGAGACACCGCAGACUUUUUUGAGGUGGGGGGAUUAAAAAAAAGAAAGAAGCUAGCCUGCACCGGAAUUGCUAAUCGGGGGUUUCUUCUUUAUUACUGACUCCAGAAGGAUUUAUAGUUUACUCCCAACCUCAUCUGCGCGGUGUCUUAGGUCAGCCACAGCGGGAGCGCAGUUUGGUCAAAAUGAGAUUAUUGAUGGCACCGGCACGGUAGUGAUCUGUCUGGGGGAAGAAGAAGAGCGAUAAAAUAUUCAAAGAUACCUUUUUGUCCAUUUUGUCAACAGUCCCGGAGCUUUUUUUGUUACCGACAGGAGGGAUGGAGAUGGUCUGGAGAAGGGGAGGCGCGCCGGUGGGAUGUCGCCUCUGGAAGACGGUGCUUCUUCUUUUCCUGUGGAAAGUGUCUGACAGCCGAGCAGGAGCAGCAGGAGGUGGAGGACCAGGAGGAGGGCCGGACUCCUCCCAGCCCCGUUUCUCAUCCUCCCUCCCCACCUACCUCCCCGUCCAAUGCCAACUGAGUGGUGCUGACUCCGCCUUCUUCCUGCGGGAAGCCAAUCAGGAGGUUAUGCGAAACGGCAGCCUGUCGUCGCGGACGGAGCCCUUCUUUCUCCAACAGCUGGAACCGGGCAUCGCUGCCCCGCAGUCCCUGCCGAGCGUCAAUUGCAGCUAUGGAAACGUGAGCAUUGAGCAGCCAAUCCCAGUGGAGCUGCUUCAGGGCCCGCCGCCGCAUGUGCUGCUGACGACCAACCAGGUGACUCUGAACUGGAAGGUCAAAGGUCAAGUGGUGGUGCCCAAAGUAGGGUCAACACAGCCCUGGAUACAGAUACUGUUUUACUUAGUUGGGCGGCGUUGGGAUGAGCCUGACCCGCCUCCUCCAUCCCUCCUGCCAUGUGUCAGAGCCAUGGCCAUCCGGGACACCAGUGAAGCAGCACCCUCGGCUGGCUGCCGACUCAUGGGACCAUCUGGCAUCUGCGUUGUCCGUCUGGAGAUUCCCCCAGCUUGGUUUACACCAACGCAAGUGAGAAAAAGACCUCCUGAAGUGACUCUGCCCUCGGUGGAUGUGUAUUACUCAGUUAUACCAGUAGAAGGGGCUGGUCAGGAGUGUCCCUUCAUUGUCAACGAGCCAUGGAGAGGUCAGAGCGCAAAUGUCGGGCCUCUUGGAGGUCUGGGUAUGGGCCUCGGGGGACAGUGGAGCCCCCUAGUGGAUGGGGGUCUUCAGGACAUGCUGAAAGCUGGUUCUGUGGUCAUGACCAUGGGUCCGGUUUCUGCCAAAGGAGAAAGACUGAGACUGGAUGAAAAUGUGGAGGUUCUGGUGCCGCCCAGCCCAGUCCGGCUCGGCAAGACGGUGGCGUUUGGUAUCUACAUGAGGACAGAUUCAAACACAGAACAGUUUACAUUGAGGGUGUGGUUCCAGUCAGGCAUCAACUUCCUGGCUGUGAAACCCAGCAACCUUGUUGCGUGGGAGAUCAAACAGGAAAUGGCACCGGGAAGCAGUUCGUUGGCGGUGAUGUGUCAGAGAAAGGCCUCCUCCACAGCAGAGAGAUUGGAAAACCCGUCAUAUGAGGUGAUGCAGCUGGACUUUGAGGUGGAUAACUUGAUCAACCUGGUGCCAACCCAGACUCUACACUGGAACGUGGAGUACCCAGCCAGCACACAGACAAUUUCCAGGCAAACAGAGAAAGUCUCACACCUCUACAUCAGCAACGCUGACAUACAGGGCAUCGUACCGCUGGCUGAGGACACAGAAGUGGUGAACACGGCCAUCCUUACAGGUCGGCGCAUCGCCGUGCCCAUCAAACUAGUUACCGUGGAAACCGACGGGCAGGUGAGGGAAGUGGACGACUCGGUCACCUGCAGCUCAACAGACGUGGACGUGGUCAAGGUAUCCCCAAACUGUGACCAGGUCUUGGUGAACGGUAAAGAAAUGCGUGGCCGGCAGUCUUUGGCAGUCAACUUCACCUACCUGCACCUAUCUGCUCAGCUGCAGCUCACUGUCUGGGUUCCCAAGCUUCCUUUGCAGAUAGAUGUGUCAGAUACUGAGCUGAGCCAGGUCAAAGGCUGGAGGGUCCCAAUCAUCACUAACAAGAGACCUACCAGAGACAGUGAAGAUGAUGAGGAUGAUGAGAAGAAGGGCAAAGGCUGCACCCUACAGUACCAGUAUGCCUUGGUGCGGGUCCUCACCCAUUUUGUUGCAGAACCCUCUGACCCAGGAGGAGAGAUGGUUUAUAUGUUGGGUGCAGACUGGCAAGCUGAUAUCACUCACUUGGUCCUGGACCAGCUAAAGGUGGAAGAUCCUCGCAUUGCCAGACUGAUAGAUGGACGAAUUUUGAUAGGGCGGGACUUGGGGAUCACCACUAUACAGGUUCUUUCCCCGCUGUCUGACUCUAUCCUUGCAGAGAAGACUGUGACCGUGUUGGAUGACAAGGUCACCAUCACAGACCUGGGAGUCCAGCUGGUUGCAUCUCUGUCCCUCAGUAUGACAGCGAGUCCUGGAAAUUACCAGGCUAUCCAGCUAACGACCACAGCUACAGACCUGCUACACACACCAAAACAGGAAGCUGCGAUCAGUGCAUGGAUCCAGUACAGUGACGGCUCAGUGACUCCGCUUGAUAUCUAUGAUCCCAAGGAUUUCCUCCUCUCGGCUGUCUCAUUGGAUGAGAGUGUCAUCUCCAUAACCAAUCAGGAGCAGCACUGGCCAAUUGUGGUAGCAGAAGCUGAGGGACAGGGGCCACUGGUUCGCGUAGAGAUGGUCAUUUCUGAGACCUGUCAGAAGUCCAAAAGGAAGAGCGUGCUGGCAUCUGGAGUUGGCAACGUGUUAGUGAAGUUUGGAGCAAAGAGCGAGGAAAGAGGGGAGACGGGAAGAGGUGGGCAGGAGGACGGAGGAGGGAUGGACAACAGCACCAGCGAGCACCGAACAAAGGACGGAGGAGAGUGGAAGUCCAACAGUGCAGCCGUGGAUCGAGAGGAAGGAGCCAUGAGGAAGGUUAGCACAACAACCAAGAGCACAGUCACCCAUCGUGCUUCAGGUGGUAAAGCUGCCAAUGGAGGCAGCAGCAGCAGCCGAGGCAGUGGCCCAGGCCAAGCAGGAGAUUACAGUAGCUACCCAGCACAAGUUGAAGUACCAGGGACCGGGGACAGUGAGCUGAGCCACACCACCAGAGGCCUGUCCGAUCUGGAGAUUGGGAUGUAUGCCCUCCUGGGAGUUUUCUGUCUGGCAAUACUGGUCUUCCUCAUCAACUGUGUCAGCUUCGCUUUCAGAUACCGUCACAAGCAAGUCCCCGUUCUGGAGACAGGUGGCAACAUGAACCACGCCCACGACUGGGUGUGGCUUGGAAACGAAGCUGACCUUUUAGCCGACCACUCUGACCAAUGCCAGGGAGGGCUGCCGGAUGAGUGCACCACCAUCAUUGACCGGAAUGAAGGAGGAUACGAGGAGAACAAGUACCUGCUCAACGGGGCCGGUAACACCUUGGUGAUGGGCGUGGGCACAGGCAUGGGCACUAUUAGUGGGAGUGGUGGCACAGCUGGACACCGGGGCAUCACCCACGGACAAACCUUACCCAGAUCUGUCCCAGAACCGCAUCAGUGCCUUUCAGCAAUCACUACUGGUGGCAAAGAUGCCACCGGGCAAGCGGAGCAUCUGAAUAAUUCCCCCCGAGCCACGGCCGCCGCUGCAGUCGCAGCUGCCAAACGCAAACGCGUCAAGUUUACGUCUUUUGCCACUGUUCUGCCCAAUGAUAAUUUGGGCGGGGGUGGCCCGUACACCAACUCCUCAGUUCUGGUGAGCAAUGGGAGCGAGGAUGACAUCAAGUGGGUGUGUCAGGAUAUGGACCUGGGUCAAUCUGAAAUCAGAACCUACAUGGAGAGGCUACAAGACAAUCUGUGACUGAUGGGAAAAAGACUGAGAAAUGGAGGGGCAGAGGAUGAGUGCAGGUGGGGGAGAAUGGACAAUGAGUACAAUUCACCUGUAAUGCCUUUGCAAUGGAUGAAGGGAGGGAAAAUCGGAGGAAUAUGAGACCAGAAAAAGGGACACAAAGUGUGGCCAAGAGUAUUGAACAGGGGAGGCUAAAUUUUGAUCCUCUUAGGCUAUGGGAACUGUCAUCAAUAGCUGAAAUCAAUGGUAGCAAAAAAUAAAUAACAUUACGAGUUUAUUUUAUAUUAUUUAUUCUGAAGAUAUUAGUGUAAAAAUUAUAAAAUCACUAUUGGUUAUGAAUGUUAAUUUUCAGAGUUCCAGUAAAGCAUUGAGCUAUACAGUAAAUUCAGGGUAUGUUACUGGACUAGCAUUUUCAAGCCACUAUACAUUUAAACAAGGACGGCAAGGACUUACAUCAUAUUGCCAACAUUGACUGUGGCUGUUGAUUGAUUAUUCUAGAGAUUUAGUAUUAAUAUGCAAACUACCAAGUCUGCUGAAUCACCAGUGUCUCUGAAGAAUAGGUGCACAGCAAAGAUACAAUCUGUUCUUGUUCUAUUAUGUGACCCAUCUCCUUUUGGCAUUGCUCAUAAGUAAAAUGUAACAUGUAAAAAUAUAUAUAUAUAUAAAUAUAUACAUAUAUAUUCCAAGUACUCCAACUACAAAUUCAGGCAAUUUGCAGUGACCAGCAGGAGCUGCCAUCCAGCACUGUAUUCAGGCAAUUCCUCAAACAGAAUGUGUCAAGAGUUGGAAAAUGGUUUGUCACAAAAAAGACAGUUUCUCCCUUGGAUCCAAGACAGAGGCAUUUAAUCUUGCACAAUUACAAACAUGAAAGGACAUUAGCCAUAUUUGAGGCUUUUUCUCCCCGUAUUCAGAACCAAUCCUAUCACCCCCCCUGGCCCCCUUCUCCGUGUCUGUGACUGGACAGCAGUAGAAACUUUGUGAACUAAAGUACGCAGUGAAAUACUGUGAAAUACUGUCUGUAAACUAAAAUGGGACAGACCGAGGUGUCUCAUAUAAAAAGGAGGCUGCUUGGGCUUUGCAAAGCCUGACGGAACACUCAGUGCUGAGGAUUAUUUAAAAUAAAAAACCAUGUAGGCUUCAACACAGACCAGAGUACCUACAGUGAUAUACAUGGAGCUAACAGGAUAUUCUGAAAGACAUUACAAUACAAAUGAAAAUGGAGCGACCCUCUCUAGAUAUGGGUUCAUGAAACAUGUUUGUUCCUGCUGAACUCUUCUUAUAUAUGUUUUUUUCCCUUUUUGUUUGUCCUUUUUUGAUAAAUAGAAUGUUUUUAUUAUGUUUUUCCUUAUGAUUGUUUUCCUCAUUUGGGAAGAUAUUAAUCGUAGCUUUUUAUUUCAGAGAUUUAUUAAGAUUUUAAGGAUAUAUGAUUCUUUUUUUUUUCCUCUAGAGAUCUAUUUAUUUAAAUUAACAUUUGAGAGGGUGAGGAAUGGAAGAAAGGGCCAAGGGCAAAGACUGAAAACUAAAGACCUGCUGGUGAAUGAUAGCACAUACAGUAAGAGAGUAAGGAAGGAAGAAGACAGAACAGGCAGAGGUUGCCUCACCUUCGUUAAGCUCAGGUGACGAGUCAUGAAGAACUGACAAUUAAAAAAAAAAAAGGAGAACUGUUAGAUUGUCAAGACUGCAAUAUUUAUUUAUAAAUGUGUUCCUGUUUCAGAGUACACUGUAUGUUGUAAAUAAAUAAACAUGCUUCAAAGUGCUUGUGAAUAAGAUUGCAGGUCACUAGCCAACAACAUGGUGAUAUUUUGUACAUUUUAUGGUGCAAAUAUGGUACACAAUACUAUCUACCACCACAAUGUGAAAGUGAUUAUUAUUGGUUCUUAUUGGUUCUUUUUUCUAAAGAUGUUCCUGUCUUUGUUUGAAGUAUUGAAUGAGUUCUUGUCUUUGUACAGGGUAGGAAUCAGUUUACCUCCAUAAUGAGAUGUUAAAAUGGAGGCAAUCCAUCUUUGUAUCACACUCAAAAUUGCUUAAGGACGGUGAGUCGGUGAGAUCCACUUCAAGAAAGAAAACCAAAUCAAAUGUGAGGAUGUUUACCAGUGGGCAAGUCCAAGGGAAAUCAGAAGGCAGAAUCUGGAAUACUGCCGAAAAAUAAGCAUUUCUAUUCUCAAUCAUUUGUUGAGCAAGAAACAUAAUUUUAAUGAAUGCACAUUGAAAUCACAACCCAUGUUAUUGGGUCUAAAACAGACAGAAGAGAGGAUAGAAAGAAAAGCGAGUUUGGAUAAACAGAUAAGAGACCUGAGCUGACUCCAAAUGGGGAAACUAAAUGGGCUGCACAGCCUCCACCAAAGCAAUAGAUAUUUUUGACUAAUGAUGGCGACUAUAGUGUAUUUUCUGGACACAUUACACAUUACUUCAUCUUGCGUACUCUAACGUAGCAACGAGACUGCUGUGAAAGGACGAGUCACACAGGUACAAGUUCAAUAGCUUAAGGUAUAAGUGUAGCAAUGUUCUCAGAUGAAAAACCUUUUGACUCUUAACAUGCUAGAACUGUGAGUUUAAUUAUACUUUACAGCCUGUGAGACCUAUUCUACCUGUUGUAUAAUUUUAAAACUGUAUGGAUGUCAACUAAAAAAAAAAAUAGAUUAAGAAGAUUAGUUUUGAGAGAUUCUUUUUCGGGGGUGUUGCUGCUUUUAUUUGAUAUGAGAGAAGGACAAAUCUACACCAUGUGUAACCACUGUGGAGGGACUGCAACUUACUGCCUGCUUACUACACUACUGCUGAAUUUUGGCUCAGUUCCCUAGAGGAGUUGUUUUGAAAGUAUAAAUGUUUUGCUUCUUUGCAGCUGUCAGAGGGUUACAUAGAAAGGCCAGGAUUAUUAGUUGUUUGUAACUAAAGAGUAAAGGUUUAUGUCUUUAUUCAUGCUAAUUUGGUUUUUAGCAGUAAGAUCAAAUAGAUAAUUUUUAACAUCGAUGCCUCUAAGUGUAGAGAUGAGAUUUGUUUUUUACUUAUUUUUUACUUACUUUAUUUCAUUUUUUCCACAUUCUUCUCAGAGGCUGCUUCCCUAAUAUCUAGGGAAAUGGAUGCCUCAUAGCUUCUGGCAAUCCGACUCCAACAGAAUUAUGUUCAUAUUUAACCGACUUGCAAUGUAAGUGUUUAAUCAGUGCAGGUAGUGGUGUGAUGUUCCUACAGCAACAAGGAAAAGUAGGGGUGUGGCAGUAAUGGAGGUGACUGUGCAUACACUCAGUUCAGACUUUCAAUGAACAUUUCAUGUCUUACAAAACUUAUUUUACUAAUGCAAAACAGUUUCAUAUGAAUGUCAUAUGGUUUUGAAAUAGAUCUGGAUUCAGCCUUAUUAUACACAUUUGGUUGGCAUUGUGUCUACAAAGCAUCUGCAUAUAUGGUGCUCUUACUUUCUGAGAGAAAACGAGGAGACCUUAUUUUCAGACAAUGGUUUUACAUUAUUAGCCACUGUUGAUGUCUCCAUCCAGUAGUUAUACCACUUUAGCCAAUCCCAGCUAACAUUGGAUGAAAGGCAGCCCUGGACAGGUCACCAGUCUAUCACAGGGUGUAGAUGUCUCCUGUCACACCCUGUUAUACUGUGAUUAUACUACCUUAGAAGUUAUGCAUACAGUAACACACAUCUCCCAGCCAAUUUGUUUUUAGACCAAUGCGUGUAACGUCUAACGGCAGAAAUGCGGAAAGCCAUUUUCUAAACAGCUCCUCUCGGGUGAAGCCAAAGCAUAGCAGUAGUUCACUGGGUAAGCAGUAAACAACAUGGGACUUCUACAGUGGCGACAUCUGACUGUGGUGAGAAACCACUAAACAACUAAAAGACAAAUAUAUACUCUCAUAAGCAGAAUACUUACAUUCUUCAAAUGGUGUUCAGUUGUUAUGUAGUUAGAGUGGGAGGAACACAUGAGCAGCAGUUGAAUGUGCUACAGGUAGAAGAGGUGCUAGUGGACGACAGCCCUAAAAGUUUUUUUGUUUAAUUUGUUUUCUUUUUGCUAUUGUCAUUGUUUAAACAUGGUUCUUGGAGGCCAAUAAAGACCCAUAACCAAAA